GAUUCGCUUAAGGAUCUACAGGGCUGAAAUGGAAGGCACCGCUGGCAGGGGUUGAUCGAAUUGGGUGGACCACUGUGGGUCCUGUUGCCUAGACAAAAUUGGAUUUCGGGUCGGACCCUGCACGUGGUUUCGCGAUCUCGGUCGCGGAGAGGCUUCAACAAGUCGAACUCAGGCCAUCUCCCUGGCUCUUCCCCUCUCUUCAUCGCUCCAAGGCAUCCGAGCGGAGACCAAUUGACCCAUAUAAGUACCUCUCUUCUCCCAUAUCUCGCGUCUUCUUCACCACACAUAAGCAUUGGUCCCAGAGGUGCGACUUACCCUCCAACUACCACCGGAAAUCGCAACUCACAACUUUAUCCCCUCCUUAAACCUUAAACACCUUCAGAGAUGCCGCCAAAACGCGGCAAGAAAGUGGCUUCUGCGGCCCCUACAGCUCCUACGGGGCCGCCGCUGGAUGGAUGCCGCGUCGCUCUCAGUGGUACCUUCCCAGGCUUCUCCCAAUCCGCGCUCCAGAAGCACAUCACGGGCCUAGGAGGCUUGACCUCCAGCUCGAUCACAAAAGAUACGACCCAUCUGAUAACUGUCCAGGCCGAUUAUGACAAACCGUCCACCAAGGUUAAGGCGGCCAAGGGCCAGGGUAUCCACAUAGUCAGCCUGCCUUGGCUACAGGAUUGUCUCAGCUCGGGCUCCAAGGAGGACGAGACGAAAUACCUGUUCAACGCUCCCUCAACCUCGGCCGCUUCUGCUACGGCUGCGGUCACAACCUCGGCCGCUUCUACUGCGGCUACGGUCACAACUUCGUCGGCAUCCCAAGCCCAGUCAGCACCCGCGGCAUCCCAGCCCAACGGGUCGCCAUCAGCCCAACCCAGGGCAAAGAGACCCCGAAAGCGAGCCGCUUCACCUUCACCCACAGCAUCUGCUUUUUCUGCGGUCUCCGCCCCGCCGGCCAAAAAGAAGAAGGGUGCUGCGUCUGCCGCCAAUGGUACCGACGAUGCGAAGUCGGAAGCCCCCAAAUCCAAGCCCGAACGUGUCCUGGGAGAGGGCCAGAUAGCCAAAUCCCGUGAUAUUCGGGUUCCUCUCGAUGAUGGCUGUCCCUUUGUGACCUACGGGGUCUAUAUCGACGACCAAGGUGUCAUAUAUGACGCCUCUCUGAACCAGACGAACGCCUCCAACAAUAACAAUAAGUUCUACCGCAUCCAGCUUCUGCACGAUGGCAAGGGAGCCUACCUGACAUGGACCAGAUGGGGAAGAGUUGGCGAACGCGGCCAGGAUGCUAUCCUCGGCAACGGAUCUCUGGCAGAUGCCAUGUCGGGCUUUGAGAAGAAGUUCAAGGACAAAUCGGGUCUUCCCUGGGCCCAACGCGGGGGAAACCCCAAGCCCGGGAAGUAUGCAUUUGUCGAGCGGAGCUACGAGGCAGACUCGGACGACGAAGAGGUGGCGAGCGCCGAGGAUGGAGAAGCCCCAAAACCGAAAGAGUCCACGCUGCAACCCGCGGUCCAGGACCUGAUGAAACUGAUCUUCAACCAGCAGCUCUUCGCGGCUGCCAUGAAGGAUCUGAACUAUGACGCCGAGAAGCUGCCACUCGGGAAGCUCAGCUCGGCAACCAUCACCAGAGGAUUCCAGACACUUAAGGAUCUGUCUGCCCUCCUCGAUGAUGGCGCUCUGGCGACAGGCUACGGCUUGUCUGUGCCAGCCGCGAUUGAACACCUCUCGAACACGUACUACUCCCUCAUUCCCCACGACUUUGGCCGCAACCGGCCUCCAAUCAUCGCGAACCAGCUCAUGGUCAAGACAGAGAUAGACCUUCUGGAGAGUCUCAGCGACAUGAAGGACGCGGCCAAGAUCAUGAAGGGGGACAAGGGCGACGAGAGCGACAUCCACCACCUGGACAAGCAGUUCCAGGGCCUCGGCCUGGAGGAGAUGACGCCGCUCGACCCAGCCACGGAUGAGUUCAAACACCUCGUCGACUAUCUCAUGAACACGCGCGGCUCGACGCACCAAGCCAACUACCAGGUCGAGGCCGUCUUCCGCAUCGAGCGCAACGGCGAGCACGACCGCUUCAACAAGAGCCCGUACGCCAGCAUGGGCGGCAGCGACCGGCGGCUCCUGUGGCACGGGUCCCGGUGCACCAACUUUGGCGGCAUCCUCAGCCAGGGCCUGCGCAUCGCGCCGCCUGAAGCGCCCGUGUCCGGGUACAUGUUUGGCAAGGGCAUCUACCUGGCCGACAUGUCGUCCAAAUCGGCCAACUACUGCUGCGCGCACAUGUCCCAUAACAGGGCUCUGCUCCUUCUGUGCGAGGCCGAGCUCGGCGACCCCAUGCAGGAGCUGACCUAUGCCGCGUACGAUGCCGCGGAGACGGCCAAAUCCAAGGGCAGGGUCUCGACCUGGGGCAAGGGCUCCACCGGGCCGACGCAGUGGAAGGAUGCCGGGUGUGUGAACUCGUCGCUCAAGGGGGUGAAGAUGCCCGAUACCAGUGUGAACCCUGGGGCCACUGGUGUACCCUCCGCCUCGCUCCUCUACAACGAGUACAUUUGCUACGACAUCGCACAGGUCCGCCUCCGGUACCUGUUCCGCGUCAAGAUUUGAGGCGCGCAAGGGUGUGUCCAUGUCGGCGACGCUCGACAUACGGUGUAGUUCUUACAGGAUAUUUGCCGAUAUGCGCAGCUUUGUCACCCAAUCCGAGAUGGCUUCAGCGGCUGGCACGCAAACGGCUGGGGGAGUUCUCGGACUUGAUAGCACUUUUCUUUAUCUCUUCCUUUGCUGCUCGUCUGCACCGGGCGGACGAGGACUAGCAAGUCUACCGAAGUUGUUGCAUUUUUUUAAUCUUUACCGGCGGGGGCGUUGGAGCUAGGGGAAGUGGUG